CGAGCGGCGGGAGCCGAGCGCGGCGGCGGCGCGAGGGGCGCGAGGGGCGCGAGGGGCGCGAGGGGCGCGAGGGGCGGCGGGCGGAGCUGAGCCGAGCGGAAUGCCCCGGCCCGCGGGCCGCUCCGCCGCCAGCCCCCCCCGCGGCCCCCGGCGGCCCGCGCUCGGCCUGGGAGCGCGGGAGCCAAGCCGGAGCGGGAGGCGGGAGCGGCGAGCAGGAGCCCCGGGCGCCCGAACGCAGGAUGCUCGUGGUCCCUGAUGUCUCCGAGCCACCACGUGUGAGGGCUGUUGCUCUGAGCCAAGGCCGGCCCCCAAUGAGGAUGUCUCAGCUGCCGGCCAGCUCCUGUCUGCACCAUGAGUGAUGAGCGGCGGCUGCCUGGCAGUGCGGUAGGCUGGUUGGCAUGUGGAGGCCUCUCUCUGCUGGCCAACGCCUGGGGCAUCCUGAGCGUGGGUGCCAAGCAAAAGAAGUGGAAGCCACUGGAGUUUCUGCUGUGUACGCUUGCGGCCACCCACAUGCUCAACGUCUCGGUGCCCAUUGCCACCUAUGCUGUGGUGCAGCUACGUCGGCAGCGUCCCGACUACGAGUGGAAUGAAGGCCUCUGCAAGGUCUUUGUCUCCACCUUCUACACCCUUACCCUGGCCACCUGCUUCUCCGUCACCUCCCUCUCCUACCACCGCAUGUGGAUGGUCCGAUGGCCUGUCAACUACCGGCUGAGCAACGCCAAGAAGCAGGCAGUGCAUACGGUCAUGGGCAUCUGGAUGGUGUCCUUCAUCCUGUCUGCCCUGCCUGCCGUCGGCUGGCACGACACGAGUGAGCGCUUCUACACUCACGGCUGCCGCUUCAUCGUGGCUGAGAUCGGCCUGGGCUUCGGCGUCUGCUUCCUGCUGCUGGUGGGUGGCAGUGUGGCCAUGGGUGUGGUCUGCACAGCCAUCGCCCUCUUCCAGACACUGGCUGUGCAGGUAGGGCCGCGGGCCGGCCACCGAGCCUUCACCGUGCCCACCAUCGUGGUGGAGGAUGCGCAGGGCAAGCGUCGCUCCUCUAUCGACGGCUCUGAGCCUGCCAAAACCUCGCUGCAGAUCACGGGCCUGGUGGCCACCAUCGUCAUCAUCUAUGACUGCCUCAUGGGCUUCCCCGUGCUGGUGGUGAGCUUCAGCAGCCUUCGGGCGGAUGCCUCGGCGCCCUGGAUGGCGCUGUGUGUGCUGUGGUGCUCGGUAGCCCAGGCCCUCCUGCUGCCCAUAUUCCUCUGGGCCUGCGACCGCUACCGCGCGGACCUCAAAACCGUCUGGGAGAAGUGCGUGGCCCUCAUGGCUAACGAUGAGGACUCAGACAAUGAUACCAGCCUGGAGAGUGGCAUCCCCCCGGACCUGGUGCUGGAGCACUCCCUUGACUACAGCUAUGGAGGGGACUUUGUGGUCCUGGACAGGAUGGCAAAGUAUGAGCUUUCUGCCCUGGAGGGGGACCUGCCCCAGUUCUACCCGCUGCGGCCCCUGCAGGAGGACAAGAAGCAGUACCUGCAGGUCCCGCCCACGCGACGCCUGUCCCACGACGACGCGGAGGUGUGGGCCGCCGUGCCGCCGCCCGCCUUCCUGGCGCGCUGGGGCUCAGGCGAGGACCUGGCCGCGCUGGUGCCGCCGGCCGCGCCGGACCGCCGCCGCGCCAGCCUGGCAGCCUUCGCGGAGGACGCGCCCCCGUUCCGCCCGCGCCGCCGCUCGGCCGAGAGCCUGCUGGCGCUGCGCCCCCCGGGCCCCGGCGGCAGCCCGCGCCGCGCCCGCGCCUCGCCCCCCGGCGGCCCGCGCCUCCGCCCCGGGCCCGGCGCCCGCUCCGCCUCCGCCUCGCUGCUGCCCGACGCCCUCGCGCUGACCGCCUUCGAGGGCGAGCCGCGGGCCCUGCGCCGCCCGCCCGCCCCGCCGGGGCCCUUCGCCGACAGCCGGCGGCCGCCCGAGGACGCGGUGGCCCCCGGCAGAGGCGCGCGGCGGGGCCCGGGGCUGCGCCCGGCUGUGCGCGCGCACGCGGGGCCCCCGAGGACCGGCCUGAGCGCGCCGUGGGGCGAGCCCGGCGGCAGCACCAGCAGCUUCCUGAGCUCGCCCUCCGAGUCCUCCGGCUACGUCACGCUGCACUCGGACUCGCUAGGCUCCGCGUCCUAGGGCCCGCGUGCGGGGCUCCGCGUCCUCGGGCCUGCCCGCGCUUCCCCACGUGCGCCCGGCGGGCCGGGCCGCCCACAGGGACCAAAGCACCAAAGAUGCUAACGCUGACCCAGGCCAGGUUCCGGGCAGCGCCACGCGGGGCCCGCCAAUGGCGCCUGGCGCUGUGCCAGCCCUCCCUGCGUGACUGAGCCAUGGGCCACGGCCUGGAAGGGUGGCAGCUGCCAGGCACCGCAUCGCGGGGCAGAGUGAGGCUCGGCUUGGGUAAAGGCGAGCUCUGCACGCCCCUAUGUGCCUCGCCCAGCCCUAGGCAGCGGGAUUGGGGGGGAUGGGGGUGGCCGCAGGGAGUCUGGGGAAAGGGCCACCACCAGACAGCACGAAACCCAGAAUUGCAGCCUGCUUUCCACUUUGCAGGGGGGGGGGCAGGGUACAGAGGGUCUCUAAGCACAGGGGUCUUUGGAGCCCAAACACACUGAGCAGGUGUUCCUGCUCACCAGUUCUGCCUCUGUUUCCCUAUCUGUCAUGAGCAGGUGACCAUAUUAACUCUCAGGACUGUUUGGAGAAGUCUCCUGGUCCGUGUGCCCCCCGCCCCUGAAUGGACAGAGUGUGAGAGUAUCUAGGGCCCUCUGUGGGUCCUUUGUGGGGGUCAUUCUUCAGUGUGUGGCCUGCUAUGGCCUCAGCACCUGGGGCCUCCCACUCUCAGUGCCCUUGGCCCGCCCAGGAACUUACCCCACCCACACCCCAGCUAAAGCACAACACUUUGCACCAUCACCCACCUCUACCACUGUUAGCAUCCCUACCCUCAUCACUCUCAGCCACCUCUGUGACUCUCACCAUGAAGAUCGUGGCUCCAUGAUGUGAAAGAACUGAAGCAACAGAAGAAUGGGCUUCCUUAUCCUGAUGCUCCAGGGAAGGGGUGAGGCCUCCCAGGUUCUAGGCUUAAGGCCUGGUCCCUGCUCAGAGUCCUCCCUCACCCUGGGGGAUAGGGCUCUUUGCUCUCUUCUGGGCACAUCUCCCCUGGGGCCUAGGGCUUGGCUUUGCCUGGAUCUUCCAUGGAGAGACCCUAGAAUCAGGCUAAGCAGAGGUCCAGGAACAGCUGUGACCUUGAGCUGAAAUGACAGGCCAAUGCAGAGGUUGUCUCUCUCCUGGCCCCUGCCUCCACACAAUGGCCCCUGCCCAGAAAAACCUGGAGCGGAUUCCAGGGCCAGCACGCAGCCUGCCUGCAGUAUGUUCCCUCCUGCUCUGUAACCUGGAAUUGCAGCAUUGCCCUCCCACCCUCUGGUGGCCAAGCCUAUCUCCUCACCCAGCCCCAGGAGAGGCUCCUGGGAGGGGUGAGAAUAGGAGACUGCCUGUCCAGCUCUGUUUCAGAGGCCCUGCUAGUCCCUGGCUGCCAGGCAACGUGGGAGGGAUGAGCUGGCCACAGGUGAGCAAGGCAGGAAACUGCAGUACAGCCCCUGCCGUGGGAGGGGACACCUCUGGCCAGUGCUGCUGUGCCUUCAAGGACCAACAUGUCAUGUGGGGGCAGAGAUCAUCAGCUAGCCACUGUGUAGGUUCUCUCCAUCUCAACCACCCCCACCCCCUACUGCCCCUCGCUCAGGCUGGCCCAUUUGUCACAUUGGGUUUUUACUCUGUGUAUUUCAUAUCCUAUGGCAAUACUUGCAGGGAGACAUGGUACCCCAAUGUCCCUCCAGUUCUGGUUUUUACAAAAAAUAGAGGGAGGACCCCAAAUGGAGGACCCUGGGGCUCCCUCUCACACUUUGUGAGCCUCCAGGCUUAUUUGCUGCGUUCAUAAGCAGCAGGACCCUGGGCUCACAGGGGAGGGAGCUCUGUCUUCAUACCACCACCCACCUAGAGCCAGGGAUACAUUUGUAGUUUUUUUGACAACUGAGCAUUUCUUUUCUGUACAGAAUACAAUAAAAACUUCCUAUGAUUUGCACCUGG